UCAAACGGUUCCCUAAACGUGUGUCUCACAAUCAACUAAUAUCUCGCACGGCAACGCACAGAACUAAAAUUAUCCUUCGUUAACGACCGCUGUUUAGAAUGCAUUAUCAAAGGAGGAAAACCGAGUGAACGCGUUUCACAGAAUUCCAUGUUUCACGGGAACGGAUUCGCGCGUGAUUUGUCGCGCGAGCGGAUCAAGGUAAAAACGUGCGAUCGUACCUAAAUAUGAACGGAAACGAUCGCGUGGAGGGAAAAAUCGACUCCGCGGAUCAAUUCAUCCGGUGAGCUCGUGCGCCCGCGGAGAUGUACCAAACAUCUUCGUGGAAAAGAUGUUUAUGUCGCAAUACACGGGGCGACGACGAUCGACGCACAGAACGAAGUUAGGCGUAACUUUUCGAUUUCACACCGGCAAGGAGGGAUCGAGCGUGAAAGGUGAACGUGUACGGAUAGAGGCUCGGUACGGUGUACUUCGAAGCGACAGCUGUUCACAGGUAUACUCCCAGAGGCACUGCAACACAAGUGUCCCGAGGGAAGAGAAACGGCAAGAAAGCAAAAGUGAGGAACAGAGACAGAGCGAGAGAGCGAAGAGGACGAGGAGGGAUGCCACGCUGAUCCAAUCAUUAUUUUGGGAGAGCCUAGGCCUGUACCAGCCGUGCAGCUAUAAUUAAACUAUCGUAGGACAAUGUGACGAGAAAGACUUGCCUGCAACUUGAUCGACAUAGUAAGGCACUUUCUUCGACGCCGAUAAUUUCCUUUUCCUCCCGCGAGAACCGAUCACCGAGAAUCCGUUGUCCUCCCCUUUAAUAAAAACGAUCCGCUGUCGUCGCGUUCCGACAACUGCGUAGACGCGGAAAAUAUUCCCGGAGAUUCAAAAGUUCUUGAUCCGGCGCUGCGCACACGAUUCGCACGCGACACAAAAGCGUGCACGGGACUAGAAACAAGACCUAACCCGACACAACAUUUCGCCCGAACUUUGCAUCGGCACUGGCAUGCUCUCCCGUCGCUUUCGACAUGCUAACCAACACCGAUAUUACAACUCCGUGGAUACCGCGCGGAACACGCGCACUUCCCAUGCGGAAUCUACGCUCUUGCGCGGUCAAGCGGAGUCCGUCGGAUUGGCGAAUUUCUUACGUGGAUGGUACACAUUUCGAGCGACGAAUCGCCGAUGACAGAUCAAGUGGUAUUGUUCGAGCAACAGAUACGAGAAAAAAACAGACGUUUCGAUUGUCGAGUGUGGGCUAACAGCUUAACUAUCGCACGCUGACUCCUGCCCGCUCCGCCUCGUCUAUUAUUACCGAUCUUCGCUCGUGUAUUAAAAUCUGUAAUCUAAUACCUGAAUGAUUCUCUAUCGCCGCGCUCUACGGUCGUGCGAAAAUUCAUUUGAUUCACACGAAUGAUGCUCCGUUAAAUAUUCGUACGCAUUUAGUCGCUCCACGAGGUCAAGCUGUCACGAAUCUAUGCGCAUUCGAUCCAUCGAUGAUUUGCACGCGAUCAUCGACUCCGAUAACCAAUGCGUUCAGAUACAUCGCGAAUCGUCGGAAAUGUUUCUAGAAUUUAACCCUUUGCACUCGGAAGUUUUUCACUAGAAAUGUUUAAACGUUUCCCGAUGAGAUCAAGAUAUUCCGUACUCGUACAGAAAUCAUUACGUUCAAGUACAGAACUAUAUUUCAAUAUUCCUCAAACUGACGCGUUACAUAAGGUACAAUAUCAAAUAUUAAAUUUUAUAGUUUUCUGUGAAAUCAAGUGGCGAGUCACUUAUCGAGUGCAGAGUUAAUACGCAAAUCAUUAUGAUAAUGUCUUUUAUAUCAGCAUCAUAGAUUCUCUUGGAAUCCAUGUCAUCUGACAUUUUUGAAUUUCUCUAAUUACUUUCAAUAUUGGUCCAGCAGUUCUAACGGACAGAAAACAGCUUAGACGUGGGAAAAGUAGAUUUAUUAAUAAGUCUAAGGUUCACUGAAUUUAUCAUGUAUAGAUUAAAAUUCAGGGCCGUCGGUAGCUGCUCGGCGCCCAGACACUCGCUCGAUGACUCAUCUGUACACGUCACACGAUUUCUGUUUUAUCAUACGAAAUCGUGGAGCAUUAGGUAAUCACGAACCUGUAUGAAAUUAUGUAAAUUCUAUCGAUUCGAAGUCGAGAAGAAUUUAUACCACCAUCUCUCUCUCUCUCUCUCUCUCUCUCUCUCUCCUUGUCCUGGCCAACAGGUUAAGCCGAUCGGCGAUGGUUCAAGUUUACGCCAGGAAUCAGAUCUACGCGUUACGUGAACAACGAUUUUUCUAAUUCGCGGAUCAUCGUGAAGGCAACUGGCGAUGCACAUUUGUCUCGGUCGGUCUCCAUGACGAGGACAUCAAACAAACGAUUAUUGCUUUUGUGAGGAGCGUUAUAUUCGAGAAUGCCGCAAGCCAUGCCAGAAACUGCGAUCUCGCCGUUGAGUCUAUCUUCCCUGAGCGCCUCGACCGGCUCGAGGGAGGAGCCGAGCCAUUUUCCUGCCGGAAAAAGGCUGCCACGAUGCGUGCGACGUAAAUUUCAAGCGUGCUCCCAGCUACCUGUAAGAUGUCGUAGGCCCAGCCCGUAUUAUCGUCCGCACAGGACGACUUACCUGAGACUUGCCGGACUCGCGACGAUAAAUUACAACGGCUCGAUAAACACGGCGAAAAGCUGCCCGGAUAGGUUAACAUGCGCGCCAAUGUUCCACGCGAUCGGCCCCUCGGCUUGCAAGAAGAGCGUGUCCAUGAUUGAUCUCACGCAAUCCACGAUGGAGCCGGAAAACGGCGAUCUCAGAUCGGACAGUAGCACGACCCUGGAGAAGCUCGAGGACGCCGAGAAAGUUUACGGUGGAAACGACGUCGGACUCGGUGUCGGUAUCAAGAACUGGAUGGACGGAUUCGUGUCGGCGGAGUCCGAGGAAGGGGGCCCGGGAUUUUUUCAAAAUCCAAGAAAAGCAGCGAGCCUGGUGUGCCGCGUGCUCGUGGUGAACGCGUGGAGGCGCAGGCGCGAGGAGGCGCUCUAUCUUCGCGACACGAUCGACAAUUUGACACAGAACACCGGGCACCUACAGUUGCAAAUCUCUGUGCUGCGUCGGUUGAUCGACACGGAGAACAACCGUGUUGCUCGGCUGACCGGCGAGGCGAACCGUCUCAAAAUGCAAUUGGAUGAGACCGUGAAACAGAGGGACGCGCUGAAAACGGGAAAAGAGAGGAUGGAGGAGGAGGCGCGGCGGUUGCGCGAGGUCGCCGAGGAGAGGCUGGUCGCCGCGGAGAACGUGCGGAACGAACUGAUCACCGCGAGGGAUCAGCUCCGCGCGCUGGACGAGCAGAUCUCGAGGGACCGGGAGAAGCUGCUCAAGCUGCGGGAGGACAAAAGAACGCUGCUCGAAAAGGUGACGGCCGGCGAAACUUUGGCCACCGAAAGGGGCGCGAGGGCGGAGAAGGCCGAAUCCGCCGCGGAGGAGCUGCAGCUCAAGCUGACCGCCCAGAUCAUUUUGGCCGAGACCUCGCAGCAGCGGAUACAACAAUACGUCGAGGAGUUGAAGACAAGAGAAGACGAGAAGGUCGAAUUGGAGAAGCGCUUGAAAGCCAGCGAGGAAACGGGGAGGUCCCUGAAUUUGCGCGUCGCUUGCCUGGAAGCUCACUUAGCUGACCGCGAAGUUUCUUUGAGACGCGUCGAGGCUACUUGCAGUUCGAUGUUGUCGGAAUUGAACGAGCUGCGAGAGCGAGUGAUAAGGCAGUCCCAGGAGGGGGGUUGGAGCAGCAGAAUGUUGCAAAUCGCCGGCACCGUUGUUCGUGCCCCUGGGGUCAUUCUUCGGACUUUAUUGUCCACUACGGGGCCAGUGCUAACUUCUUAAAGGUGCAGUUCAUCAGAAUGUUUAGCACCGUUGAACUGAAACGCUUCGAGAAGUGGAACUUCUGAUUCAGCGACGAGAGCUGAUCCAAGACGGAGGACUGGAGGAAAGUGAUCAAUGAACGAAAUCGCGAGGAAAAGCUCGAAGAUCGUGCAAGAGUCUCUUUCGAAUAUUAAAUCUGCGGGCAUUCUACUUAUUGCGGAGAUUAGAAUACUUUAUUUUGUAUUUUUUUUUAUUUCGAACACUUUUCUGAUAUUGUCUACUUGAUAUUUACUGAAAGAGCGUAUCACUGACGAAACUGGUAUCCUUGGAAUGGAUGAAAUAAAUAUCGAUAUCGGGUGCCUUUUUUAACUCUAUAUUUUACACUUUUUUUUUCUCGUGUAACAUGAUAAAGUGAUAAAAAUAAUGUACCGUCAGCAUUGCUGUGCAUUAGAUAAUAACCUAUUCGUUUCACAUUGCAAAUCAACAACAAACACAUUUACAUAACCGGUAUACAUGUAUAUAUACACAUGCGAUCGUGGUCGAACCGCGUUUUACAUAACAACUACGCGUUUCUUAAUACUAAUAAAAAUGUAAUAUAUAUAUAUACAUAUGUAUACAUAUAUAUUACAAAUAUAUCUUCACAUUAUGUAUAUAU